UCGUUCUAUCACUACAUUACCACUUACAUAGUUAACAGAACGCAAUAUACCCGAAUAGAUAAAUAAAAACACGUAGUAUUUUGAUGGUUACUAAACAAUUGCGGAUAUGAAUGGUUUUGAUAUAUUACUACAUGGCAUUGGCACAUAAUACAAUAAUAAAAUUUUUAAGACGCGAAGUUAACAAUACUUUUCUUAAAAGUUGGGAUAAUUUGAACCUCGUAAUGGUAGAUACACUAUUCAGCGUAGGUUCUUAAUAUGAAAAAUAAUUUCUGUACUUUAUUUUAAAUACAAAAGUUUAUUCACUUUUGACAUUCUCUACAUGAUUAUUAAAAUGCCUUAACGGAAUUACUUUCGCAGCUUGAAUUUGUAAUAUAAACGGGUAUUUUAGUUUGUUUUUUAUACUAAUUUAGCUCUGAAGUGGUUAUAUUAUAUACAUAUUUAUGUGAUUCAAAUAAUUUAUUGCAAUUGUGACGUGUAAGUUAAUCGUCUUUAGAAAAAAUCGGUCUACAAGCCCCUAUUACUUGAUUAUUUAUUUACAUAUUAAAAUACUCAACAAAUCAGUCUGAAGUGAUUUUGUCAAAACGCAUAUUCAAUUUUAUAAGAUCUAAGUAAAUUCCUUGUGUUUUAUGAACGUUCGUUAUAUGGAGUUGCAUACCUUCAUAUGUACUCUGAUGUGCCUUUUCAAAAGCGGGGUAGUCAACUAAGCAUAUAUUUUAGCAAUAAUAGAGGAAAUAGAAUUAUUAUUUAAUUAAAUCAUGGCCUCGCAAAGCUUAGUUACGCUUCAACAUAAUAAUUUUUUGAUUGGGAUGUUCGCCUUCGUGAUUUUCGCGUCAUUAGUCUUCAGUGAAAGUUUGCCGACACAAAAUAUGUCUCGGAAAGAACGUACCGAAUUGCGAAAUGAAGCACGCGAUAUGUUCAACCACGCUUAUACAGCUUACAUGAAUAAUGCUUACCCUGCAGAUGAACUGAUGCCACUUUCCUGUAAAGGAAGAUAUCGCGGAAUCACUCCUUCACGAGGAGACAUGGAUGAUAUUCUGGGAAACUUUUCCAUGACCUUAGUUGAUUCAAUGGACACAUUAGUGCUACUUGGAGAUUUUGAUGAAUUCGAACGUGCCGUACGUUUGGUUAUACAAAACGUUCAGUUCGACAGUGAUAUAAUAGUUUCCGUUUUCGAAACAAACAUACGUAUGGUUGGUGGGUUACUUUCAGCACAUGUGUUAACCGAGCAUAUUCAAAAAAAUCGUGGGAUUAUGCUUUGGUAUAACGGAGAAAUGUUGGAGAUGGCUCGUGAUCUUGGAUAUCGGUUGUUGCCAGCAUUCAACACAUCUACAGGUAUACCGCAUGCUCGUGUUAAUCUACGCCACGGCAUGAAAGAUGAUGAAUUAAAAAAAUCAAGAGAAACAUGUACGGCUUGUGCGGGCACUAUUUUGUUAGAAUUCGCAACUUUAUCACGUUUAUCUGGUGAUCCUGUAUUUGAAGCACGUGCACACACAGCUAUGGAUGCGCUUUGGAAACUGCGACAUAGAAGCUCCGAUCUGAUGGGUACUGUACUUAAUGUACAUUCAGGAGAUUGGGUCCGUCGUGACUCAGGUGUUGGCGCCGGUAUUGAUUCAUAUUAUGAGUACUUAUUUAAAUCUUACGUUCUCUUGGGCGAUGAUAAGUACUUGGCUCGCUUCAAUCGCCACUACAAUGCUGUAAUGAAAUAUGUUAGUGAAGGUCCAAUGCUUUUGGACGUACUCAUGCACAGACCCCACGCUAAAUCACGUAAUUUCAUGGAUUCCCUCCUAGCAUUUUGGCCAGGCUUGCAAGUUUUAUCGGGGGACAUUAAACCAGCUGUACAAACCCAUGAAAUGCUUUAUCAAGUAAUGCAAAUGCACACAUUCAUUCCAGAAGCGUUUACUGUUGAUUUUCAAAUUCACUGGGGCCAACAUCAUCUUCGACCUGAAUUUAUUGAAUCUACUUACUUUCUUUAUCGCGCUACCGGUGAUCACCAUUACCUACAAGUAGGGAAGAAGGCGUUAAAAACGCUUCAAAAAUAUGCGAAAGUUCCUUGUGGAUAUGCAGCUGUAAACGAUGUUCGCACCGGAAAACAUGAAGAUCGGAUGGACUCCUUUGUAUUAUCAGAAACUUUUAAAUAUUUAUAUCUAUUAUUUUCGGAUCCACGCGAUUUAGUCGUUGAUGUCGACGAGUUCAUUUUUACUACGGAGGCACAUUUGUUCCCAUUAACGAUCGCACAGUUGGGAAACACAACUUUCAGCUUUACCCGAAGCGAUGAACAUAACAUGCUGGAUUUUAUGCGAACGUGUCCAAACUCUAAUAGAUUCUUUCCGGAAAGAGUACGAAAGCCACUGCGGAACUUUAUUACGGGUUCUUGCCCGCGAAUACCCACUGGAAAGCGACUUAGAGCUUUGGAUUUUCAAGCUAGCAAUGCAGAUCAUUUACGAGCUAUUUACGACAUGGGCAUUACCAUGGUGUCCUUAGGUGAUGGCAAGGCAAAGAGCUCUGAUGACGGGGAGAUGGGUCUGCAGUUUAUGCAAGAAAUGUUGGAGCUAACUAAAAUACAAAAUAUGAAUCAGCUUGCGCAACUUCAGGCAGUCGCUUAUUCUUCUGAUGAUAAUUCUAAGGACUGGGCAGCGUUGAUGGCUGGUCCAUCACAUUUCGGUCCAGAGUUGAUAGGGGAACAAUUUAUUGAAGGUGAGCUGGUGAUAGCAUCCCCUUUUCGAGCUUGUUAUGAGCUUUCGAACAAAGAAGAAAUCAGUGGUAGAAUACUAAUUGCACAACGAGGUGACUGUACAUUUGUAAGCAAAGCACGUUUGGCUCAAGCCGCUGGUGCUCUUGCACUGAUUGUUUGUGAUAAUGUGCCGGGAUCUUCUGGCGAAACCCAGCCAAUGUUCGCCAUGUCUGGAGAUGGAACUAAUGAUGUCACGAUACCAGUCGUAUUCAUGUAUUCCCAAGAGUUUAGUAAACUCGUUAACGUCUUCAAACGAAAGCCAAAAAUAAUCGUGAGAAUUAUGCAAAUGAUAGAGUUUAAGCGUUGGCAACUAACAAUGGAUUCCGCAAAAGCAACGGCAGCAAAGUCGACGCGAACUAGUAUAACGAACGGUGAAAUAUCAAAAGGCUUAGACCCAUCUGCUACGAAUGAACCGAUUACAUUGGUGGAUUCUCAAAAUAUUAAAGACGAACUGUAGUAUCGAGGAAAUAUUGUUCUAAAUUAAAGGAUAUAUCAGAACUCUUCCGUUAAUAUGUAAAUUGUGAAAUAAAAUCAUAAGUUUAUCUCUUUGUUUAAUUAUCGUCGCUGCGCCGGUAAAAACAUGUACUUUUUUUUUAAAUUUUUUGGUGCAUAUUUUAUAUUACCAUCUAUUGCCAAUAUUUUCAAUUUUCCAUGAGGUUGAAGUUCAAAUAACUGUAAUACUACUAUUUAGACCGUUAUUAGUUUUUUCAACUAAGUGUUAAAAACAUGAAAUUGAACAAAAUAGUAUGGGAACCACAUCUACAUUUUGUAUGGCUAAUAAUUUUUACAUACUUUUUGUGCAAAAUAUGUGUCCGCACACCACCUGGCAUAAUUUUUAAUCUAAAAAUGAAAUACAUACGGACAGUCGAAUUUUUUAAAUCGAUAUAUUUUUAUAAUAAUAUAA